AUGAGCGAGGAGGAACCGUUCCCAACAACGUCCUCUGCAUCGACAUCCUCCAUAUCAACAGCACAAACUCCAGCUCGACCACAGACACAGACACCAACACGAGCACAGACACCAACGCCGAGUGCCAGCUCGACACCGCUGCGUGUGGUUCUAGGCAAGAGGAACCGAGGAGGAGAGGAUCUGGCCCUGCUGGAACGGCAACUGGCCCAGCAGAAGGAACACCAGGAGCAGAACCUGGCCCAGCAGAGGGAAGACCGGGCCCAGCAAAAGGAAGACCGGGCCCUGCAGGCUCAGCACAUGAACCAGACCUUGGUGGAGGCGAGGCUGUUGGAAGCAGCCUUGAGAAGGGAGGAGAUCGCUCACGCAGAGAGCUUUAAUGUAUCCUUCCUGCGCACUCUUUGCCAGGUGCUAGUGAUGGGAAUUACGGCUCUUUGAAGGGAGCCGGAUCUUAUGGCUCCGUUCCUUUCCGAGAGCCGUUCAAAAGAGUUUUUUUUAAGGGCGCGGGGUUAAUAGAUUUAUCUGCAAAAUAAUCACCAGGAUAAUGAUUGACUGUAUUGCCAGAAAUCUUCUUUUACUCACAGAAAAUGUAUAACUUGCAUCUCUGUCAGCCAAACUACUACUCAAGCAGCAUGCGUUAUGCCAUCAUCAUCUACGGAACAUUUACAUUCAGGAAAGCAAGUUCCCGUAAAGGCGAGUGGAUUUAUAGCAGGCAGCGAACCAACGAUAAAAAGAACGGCUCUCACCAAGUACGACUCGGUUCCCUUCGUUCGUACCAAAGAGCCGUUCAAAAGAAUCGGAUCGUUCGCGAACGUCACAUCACUACCAGGUGCUAGUGGGAACGGGCAGCCAACGAGCCCCGUCUCCUCCGCCUCUGUGAUCCAACAAAUAACCUCUGGCUGAGAUGAUAUUGUUUAUUUACAUUUGUACUUUCUUGUUUAUUUUUUAUCUUUAAAAAAAUAUGUUUAUUUUUACA